UCUAACGAAGCCUUUCUAACAUGAAUUGGACUCCAUUUUCUACGAGCGCUCUGCUGUAGCGGAUAAAAGGCCGAUAAAAGUAUAGACGGGAAUACAGUGAAUUACGUAAGCCCGGCGAAGAACACGAAGGAGCAAACAAUUGGCAAUUCAGAAAAAUCUUCAAAUUUAAUUUCGAGGAAAGAAGUGAAGAACGAGCGUUCCAUCGUCAAAAACACAUAAUUCGUAAAAAUGAGUGCACAAUUCUUCAAUCGAGUGGGACAGCUUGGUCUAGGCGUUGCUGUUCUUGGAGGAGUUGUCAAUUCUGCGCUUUACAACGUUGAUGGCGGACACCGAGCUGUUAUAUUUGAUAGGUUUGCCGGUAUAAAAAAUCAAGUUGUGGGAGAAGGAACACAUUUUUUCAUUCCAUGGGUUCAGAAGCCUAUCAUAUUUGAUAUACGCUCUCGACCGAGAAACGUUCCUGUCAUUACGGGUAGUAAGGACCUUCAGAAUGUGAAUAUUACUCUUCGUAUCUUAUUCAGACCAGUCCCUGACUCAUUACCGAAGAUCUAUACAAUUCUUGGUGUUGAUUACGACGAGAGAGUUUUGCCUUCUAUUACGACUGAAGUACUAAAAGCAGUUGUAGCACAGUUUGAUGCUGGUGAAUUGAUUACUCAGCGUGAACUCGUUUCCCAAAAAGUCAGCGAGGAUUUAACCGAACGAGCUGCUCAGUUUGGAGUUAUCUUGGAUGACAUUUCCAUUACACAUUUGACUUUUGGCAAAGAGUUCACACAAGCAGUAGAGUUGAAACAAGUGGCGCAACAAGACGCCGAGAAAGCUCGCUUUUUGGUAGAAAAAGCUGAGCAGCAAAAGAAAGCUGCCAUUAUUAGUGCAGAAGGAGAUGCCCAAGCUGCUAGUUUACUGGCAAAAUCCCUUGGAGAUGCUGGCGAUGGUCUCGUCGAACUCAGAAGAAUCGAAGCUGCGGAAGACAUUGCAUACCAAUUGUCACGUUCUCGCCAAGUGUCAUACUUACCUGCUGGUCAAAACAUACUGCUAAAUUUGCCACAGUAAAGGAGUAAUAAACAGUGUACAUAUAUUAACAACUUACCACUUUAAAAAAUUUCAUAUUUUAGUUCAAAGUAUGCAUAGCAAAAGGUGAUGAGAAACUAUUAUCUCCUGAAAAGAUAUUUUAACAUUCUCAGUGUUGCGUUAAAUAAUAUGGUUAUACCUAUAUUUUCUAUUAUUUGAGAGAAAUGUUCUCUAUUUUAACAAUGUAUAUUGGAGAAAAAAAUUUUGCAAAGGUUCCUUGUAAUUACGAAGAGGGCAAUUUUUCUUUGAUACAUUUUGUACAUCUUAUAUAAUUAUGGUGGAAAACUGUAUUUACUUAAAAAGGAAGAAAAUGCAUUUAUAAUCCUUUCUCUUCUCGUAGCACCAUAGAAAUUGAUAAGGAUUUGCAAUUGAUAUUUGUUGUCGCUUUGCUUAUAGCAAGCCUUCCUUUUAAAUAUUGCUCCAAACGUACUUGUAGUUUCUUGUAACGACGAAAAUUGUGAAAAGAUAGGUUGCAUUUCUGUUCACGAUGAGCUAAUAAAUCCGCAAAUGUUGAAUUUAAUGACA